GAGUGGUUGUAUAAAAUUCUGUCUACUUUUGUACUGUUGGUUUGACUUGGUUGACACACAUUUCUUUUGUUUACCCUUCCUAAGAUUUCACGGUUUAAUUGAGUUUACCAUGUCCGAGCCUUCUUAUAACCCUGGGGCAGUGCCUCCUGGUUUGGAAUACCUAACACAGAUUGACCAAAUAUUGGUGCAUCAAAAGAUUGAGCUCCUUGAGGCCAUUAUUGGCUUUGAGACUAAUAACCAGUAUGAGAUUAAGAACAGCAUGGGCCAACAGAUCUACCACGCCAAAGAACUCAAUGACUGCUGCACACGGAAUUUCUGUGGCGCUCUGCGCAGCUUCGAACUGAAAAUAUCAGAUAAUAUGGAUCAAGAAGUGAUUCACUUAGUCAGGCCCUUCCGCUGCACUUCCUGCUGUUGUCCCUGUUGUCUUCAAGAGAUGGAGGUGCAGGCUCCUCCGGGUAACACAAUAGGCUACAUCUCUCAAGACUGGCACAUGUUCAAGCCUAAAUUCUCCAUCUACGACAUGUCCAAAACCAAAGUGUUGUCGAUCGAGGGACCUCUGUGUGCCAUCAGCUGCUGUGGUGAUGUGGAUUUUGAAAUUCACGGUAAGGAUGGGCAUCCUAUAGGGCGCAUCAGUAAACAGUGGAGUGGCCUGAUAAAAGAGGGACUGACUGAUUCAGAUAAUUUCGGCAUUAACUUUCCCAUGGACCUAGAUGUGAGGAUGAAAGCAGUCCUGAUGGGAGCAUGUUUCCUUAUAGACUACAUGUUUUUCGAGAGUACCGGUGAUUCUAAGCAGCGAUGCAGUGUGUUUGGCUGAUAGACAAUGUGAGAAAGUACUGUACAAGAUUUUUUAAUUUACCAACUACUCUACAGGAUCUUCACUGGUUCUUAUAAAUACAGUAUAUAUAAUUUAAAUCUAAUAAAUAUUUAUAGAAUCAGUCUAGUAAGGUUGCCGCUUGUAUGUAUUUGCAUUUUACAAAAAAGUAGUAACCCAGAAUGGUUAGGCAUUUGUGAAAACCAGGCUAAGGUCUCAAAAUUUGGUUAUGAGAUAAAAUUUCAUUUCAACCAUUAAUCUUAUGAUAAUUUCAGUGUAGUAACCCAGAAUGGUUAGGCAUUUGUGAAAACCAGGCUAAGGUCUCAAAAUUUAGUUAUGAGAUAAAAUUUCAUUUCAACCAUUAAUCUUAUGAUAAUUUCAGUUUUUGACAUGGCAUAGUCAACGUUAAAGAUAUCAAGGUUAUUUUAUCACAGAAAGUUCUUUACAUUAUGUGGGAUGAUUUUAUGUAGAAAACAGUCAAUCACAGAAAAUUACUUAACAGACUGGGUCACAUUUGACUAUACCAAAUGUUUAGUCUUUCUAUUUACUGUAGGUAAAUGUAUAAAUAAAGCACUUCUAGACUCUUCUUGCUCUUAGAAAAUGCACAGAGAGUUUGAAUUUAGUAUUUUGUAUUAAUAAGUAAAAAUGAUCUCACUAGACAGACUAUGACGAUAGAAACUUUUAGAAAUUUUGUUCAUUGCACUGACAAGUCAUUGGAAGAUGUUUAAUCAUGAACAGCCUCAACCAGUGCAUGCAUACCUUUUUUCUAACUUGUACAUGUGACAAAAAUAGCAUUUAUCUAAAAUCAGACUUCUAUUUUUUGGUAACUCUGCCAACAGAGAGUUAAUUCAUAAUUUAUCACUAGUAAAUAUACAUACGCCUUAUUAAGGUGACAAACAAGUUAAACCAAGUAUUCCCUCAAAAUCCUGCAGGAGAGUGCUGGAUUUUUACCCACUGAUACAUUAAAGGGAUACUUUACCCAAAAAAGAAAUUUCUGUCAUCAUUUACUCACCUUCGAGUUGUUCCAAAUCUGUAUAAAUGUAUUUGUUUUGAUGAACACAGAGAAAGAUAUUUGGAGGAAUGCUUAUAACCAAGCAGAUCUUGCACCCCAUUCACUCCCAUAGUAGGAAAACUUACUUAAUCAUUUAUUUUUUGUUCUGUUGAACACAAAAGAAGACAUUUUGAAGAAUGUAGGACAGCAAACAGUUCUAGGGCACUUUUGACUUGCAUUGUAUUUUUUCCUGCUGGGUGAAGUAUCAUUUCAGCUUCUGUUUGAAGAGACAGCUGGAAAAAAAUAUAAUGGAAAUGAAGUUAAAAUCAAGCCUAAACUCUGGCU